CAACAAAAACAAUCAUUCAUCUCUUCAAUUCCUCUUAUGUGAUUUAAUGUGCUCUUGCUUCUAUCCCACAUCACAUUUUCACUCCUUUCUAUCUUUGUCUAAAAAGCAUCAAUUUUUAUCACAAAUGGUGAAAAACCCAUCUCUCCAAGACUUCAAUUCAUCAACUUACAUGAAAAAGUUUAAGUCUUUUAGACUCUUGGAGCCCUCAGUAGGGAUUUUUGGCUUUUUGUUAAUUACAAGUUGUAUAAUUUUUGGGUUUUUUUACUUGGAUUAUAAAAGUGUUGUUACUGGGAGUGUGUUUAAUUUAAAAAAAGAGACAGGGAGGUUUAAGUGGUUGAAGAAAGAUUACGGGCUUAGAGAAAGAUUUGAUUUUUUGAGUGUAGAUGGAGAUAGGUGUGACGUGUUUGAUGGGGAUUGGUUGUGGGAUGAAAAGUAUCCAUUGUAUGAGUCUAAAGAUUGCAGGUUUUUAGAUGAGGGAUUUAGGUGUUCUGAAAAUGGAAGGCGUGAUUUGCUAUAUACUAAAUGGCGCUGGCAACCGAAAGAUUGUAACUUGCCCAGGUUUAACGGGAAAAGAAUGCUGGAAAACAUGAGGAACAAACGGAUAGUCUUUGUAGGUGACUCGAUUGGCAGAAACCAAUGGGAGUCCCUCCUGUGCAUGCUGUCUUCUGCAGUUAGUUCUAGCAGAAACAAUGAUUCAAUUUAUGAAGUAAAUGGAAACCCAAUAACCAAACACAAAGGGUUUUUGGUGUUCAAAUUCAAGGACUACAAUUGUACCAUCGAGUACUAUAGGGCUCCUUUCCUUGUGCUGCAAAGCCGGCCACCUCCUAAUUCUCCCUUGAAAAUAAGGACUACUCUCAAGUUGGACCAAAUGGAUUGGACCUCCAUAAAAUGGCGAGAUGCUGAUGUUCUUGUAUUUAACACGGGACAUUGGUGGAAUAAUGAGAAGACCAUAAGGGGGGGUUGUUACUUCCAAGAAGGAGCACAAGUCAAGAUGGAAAUGAAAGUCGAAACUGCAUACAGAAAGGCAUUAGGUAGCGUUGUAUCAUGGAUUAAUAAAGAAGUAAAUAAUACAAAGACACAAGUAUUUUUUCGCACAUAUGCCCCUGUACAUUUCAGAGGUGGGAACUGGAGAGCCGGUGGAAAUUGCCACAAAGAGACGCUACCAAUUUUAGGUUCGUCACAUGUGCAACCAUCUUCAACAUGGCCACAAUACAAUAUAUUCCGAGAAGUAAUCUCUAAUCGCUCAAGCAACUCAUCAUAUGAUGAUACUAAAGUGUUGAAUAUACUCGACUCAACCAUUAUGUCAUCAAAGAGAAAAGACGGGCAUCCUUCUUUGUAUUAUCUUGGUCCAAAGCUGAGCCCUGCAGCUAAACACAGACAGGAUUGCAGCCAUUGGUGUCUUCCUGGUGUCCCUGACGCGUGGAAUGAGAUACUCUAUGCUCUAAUAUUGAAACAUGUUCAUAGUUCGGUUACAAACAAUUCAACUUUAGUUCAAUAGCAUUUUUGGUGUUUGAUUUUUGGCUAGCAGGUGGAAAAAGAGUGUAUAUAUGCUUUUUGAUGACUACCAACGCAUCCUGCAGAUUUCAUGUUGAGGAGAUGCUUCACUAGGCAGCUAGCUUGAAACAUAAACAAAUGUGCAUUAGGUUGUCUUUAGCUCGUUUAUAAUGUUUUUCGCAUAUAAUUUUCCGUUUAUACUUUGCAUUUAGAAAGAAAUAGGAAUUUCUGUUUUUUUCUUAACUCAUAAUUGAAAAAUCCCUAUAACAGGAAUCAGCCCUUUUCAAGUA